AUGACCAUUCAACAACUUGGCUUAUCUGAUGCUGUUUUGGAUUUACUAGGACAACGAUUGUCUAGAAAAUCUUCUAAACUCAAGGCAAGAUAUGAAGUCCUUGUUAAUAGAGAGAAUGUUGUUGAAGUCUCCAAACCAGGGAAUGUGGAGUUUGAGACAAGGUGCAUCCCUACAACAAAAAUGGUGUAUGGGAAUGGUUUCAUUGUUGGAAUGGAAUUGCAAGUUUGGAAUGAACGGUAA